AUGGAGAAGGGAUACAGCACGGUCACUUUCGACGGGGCACCCAGUUAUGGCCACACGCCCUCGCACCAUGCAGCGCAGUUCCCCAAUCAUUCCUUCAAACACGAGGACCCCAUGGGCCAGCAGGGCUCGCUGGGCGAGCAGCAGUACUCGGUGCCACCUCCAGUGUAUGGCUGCCACACCCCUACCGACAGUUGCACAGGCAGCCAGGCCCUGCUCCUGAGGACGCCCUACAGCAGUGACAAUUUGUACCAGAUGACCUCCCAGCUUGAGUGCAUGACCUGGAACCAGAUGAACCUUGGAGCUACCUUGAAGGGAAUGGCUGCUGGGAGCUCCAGCUCAGUGAAAUGGACAGAAGGGCAGAGCAACCACGGCACAGGGUACGAGAGUGAGAACCACACAACCCCCAUCCUCUGUGGUGCCCAGUACAGAAUACACACCCACGGUGUCUUCCGAGGCAUUCAGGAUGUGCGGCGCGUAUCUGGAGUGGCCCCAACUCUUGUCCGGUCAGCAUCUGAAACCAGUGAGAAACGUCCUUUCAUGUGUGCGUACCCAGGCUGCAAUAAGAGAUAUUUUAAGCUGUCCCACUUACAGAUGCACAGCCGGAAGCACACUGGUGAGAAACCAUACCAGUGUGACUUCAAGGACUGCGAGAGAAGGUUUUCUCGCUCAGACCAGCUCAAAAGGCACCAAAGGAGACACACAGGUGUGAAACCAUUCCAGUGUAAAACUUGUCAGCGAAAGUUUUCCCGGUCCGACCACCUGAAGACCCACACCAGGACUCAUACAGGUGAAAAGCCCUUCAGCUGUCGGUGGCACAGUUGUCAGAAAAAGUUUGCGCGGUCAGACGAAUUAGUCCGCCAUCACAACAUGCACCAGAGAAACAUGACCAAACUCCAGCUGGCGCUUUGAGGGGUCCGACCCGGAGACAGUCCAGCAUCCCAGGCAAGAAAGUGUGCAAACGGCUUCCAAAUCUGAUUUUGAAAUUCCUCCCUCUCACCUACAAAAGGACACGGUGGUGGAUCUUCAUCCGACUUCCGAGACAGCACACCUGUUUGACUGCGUCCUAUCAGGUUUGCCGGAAGGAGUCGGUGCUCCGCCCACUCUUGAUUAACUCGCAGGCCUGAAAAAAGUGGCUCAGAGUGUCUAGAAAGCCCAUUGACAUUGUCUGGAUUUUCUACCGCUAGAAGAACCAUUGUUGAUAAUGUCCCCCGACUCUCCUC